CCCAUCGUACACUUUGCAUAUGCCUCGGAGAUCCAAGUCAACAAGCUCAGCUUCAUCUGAGGAAGAUCAUCCUCAGCAGGAAAGUAUAAAGCUAGCGCAGUCCUGUACAGCAUGGCAGGCCCCAAUCUCCCAACGAUACUGGGGUGUCCCCCUCUUCCUCUCAGAUAGUUCUGACCUCCCUAUGUUCCUGACAGCAACCGCCAUGGGAAGAGUGCAGAAGAAGCCAUGCCUCUCGCCGCAUAUCGAGCCGCAGUCGUUGCCUCCGCUGCCCGACAUCUUUACGGAGGAGCUACGUCGACAGGUGUUCAUGCACCGCAGCUACUAUGCUCGGCCUACGAACGUCUUCGAGGAUUCGCCCGAUGAUCCUAGCCCCGACAACGAAGCCUUGGAGCAUCUCGGGGACACGGUCCUCAACAUGGUCGUUACGGAGCUCAUCCAGGAAAUUUACCCACACGUGCGUGUGGGUCCGUCUACUAAAAUGCGAUCCCUAGUCGUCGGCAACCAGAACUUGGCUACCAUUACACGCAUGUACGGACUCAACGACCGCCUGGUGUGCCACCAUGCUCAGGAGAUCGCAUUGAAGGCUUCCCACAACAUACAAGCCAACCUCUUCGAGGCCUAUGUCGGCGGCCUGUACAUGGACCGCGGCAUGGUCGGACUCGAGGACAUCAAGAGAUGGAUGCGCGCGCUCUUCCGCCCGUGGCUCAGCGAAGCCUAUCGCGUCGUCCGCAUCGAGCACGGCCUCUCCCCUGACCCAGAGCCAAGCCCCACGCGCACAGACCGCUCUCUCGGCGCGCCGUCGCGGGUCUCGCCCAGCAUCGGGCAUCUCUCGCUCUUCAAUCAGUACUUGCAGCAGAAGAACAUAGUCGUCGAAUGGGUGUACAAGGACAGUGCCGGCGAAGGCACGCGCACGACGCCCGUGUGGAUUGUCCGCGCGAUGGUCGAUCAGGAGUGCCUUGGCCGCGGUCGUGGCAACACGAAGAAGGCCGCCAGGAACGAGGCCGCGAAGGAAGGCCUGCAGAAGAUGGGCGUAUAUGUUCCGCAGCCUGUGUCUCAGGACAUCUGAGGACCUACGGUCCCCCUUCAGACUCGUGCCGGAUGUACUCAGCAGACUUCGCUGGUCAGCCCGCUCUGGUGUGAAGAGGCAGCGUAUGGGCCCAGCUUCUAGAUUACCCAGGUGGAUCAGUCGACGGUUACGAUUUGUUCACUAGUCCCUUGUACUAUAGUUUCCAUCCUUGACGACCACUCGACUGUGGUCUCAGAGUGUUUCUUCCUGUUAUCUUGCGUACCAGUACUUGCUACCCAGUUUGUUACGACAAAUGGAUUAUGUUAUUGCACUCCGAGGGUAUGUGUUAUGA